CUCUCUCUCUCUCUCUCUCAGUCUCUCACCCACUGAACUGGUGGCAGGUGUUGCUAGCGUCGUGAUGUUCUCGCUGACAGAACAUACCACGGUGUAGGGUGUUGCAUGUGUGUUUGUACGUAGGCAUUCUCUCUCUCUCAGCAAUGUAACUCAUCUGGUUAAGCAGGGUGGCAGCGGUACUCACUCGCACACAAACACUGCAUGACUUCUGAGGUCCACUGUAUUAGGGAUUAAGGGAGUUGGUGGCUAUUUGGUGUAGACGAACAGCGUACGGAGAAAAAUAAGUAGUUCAGAGCAUCAGUUGAGGACCAUGUGGUGGAUGAGAGACACGGUAACAGAGAGGACCCCAGUGAAACCACCGCUCUACUACAGUCACAGCUAAAUCAUGGGGAAUGUGGAAAGUCAGAAUGGUGACAGUGGUUUCUACGGGAACGAGAAAGGUCACCUGUCCCGAAAGCACACGUCCCGAUCCCUCCGCCUCUCCACCAAGCAUCAGCAGCAGAAUCCCAGUCGACGCUCCCUCCGACCCUCGGCAGGAAAGUCGGAACAUCGGAAUUCCGAAGCCAGCACCCGCUCUUCCAGCACGCCCAGUAUCCCACAAUCCUUAGUGGAGAACGGCCUGGAACCUUUUAACCAGACAGACGAGCUGGGGGAGUUUGGAAUCAACCCUCAUUGGACUGACCGCGUCGCCAUGACGAUGAGGCCUUCCGAGUCCUUCCCGCACGACGACGACGACCUCACCGGUGACCCCUCUUUAGCCACGCCCACUCCGGAAACCUCCGAGGUCGUUCUGGAACGCGAAGGAGCUGAGGAAGAAGGAGCGACGACGUACCCGGCAGAAGGGGACGACGCAGAGAUAGAGACGGACGGAGAGGUGCGGUACCUCCAGAGGGUGAACGAGGGACCGAGGGAAGAAGGAAGUUGUAAGAAGAAGAGGUCGAAAUCAGCGGACAUGUGGAGAGACGACAGUCAGGAGUUCUCUCUGUCAGAUCUCAGCCAGGACCACCUCACCUCCACUGAAGAGAUUAUAGAUGGAGGAGAGGAAGAGGAGGGGGAAGAGGAGGAAGAGGAGGAAGAGAGAGCCAGUUCCAGAGGAACAGCAGGUUCUGCAGAGAGAGCCUCAUCACUAGACCACCUGUGUAGCGAGCGCAGCCAGACGGUUCUGCGAGGAACACAUAACCGCUACGCCAAGAACCACCGGGACGGGGAACUCACCGCCCACAGAGGAAGGGAUGGAGAGGGGGAUGAAGGGCUGAUCUCGCCCCAGGAGGAGGAGGGAAGCGGGUACGGGGCCUUUACGCUGCCCUGUCGGAGGUCCCACUGUCUGUCUGAAGGUCUGUCAGGACACCAGGUGGUACCGUGUCCGACCUUCCAGGGUCGAAGGGCACAGACGACACAGGACAUAUCGGGCGUGCUGGGAGAGGGCAGUGAGUACGGCGAUAGCGGCAUCGACGGGGUUGCCACGGAGACGGACGGGGAAGUGGGGACGGGGUCACGGCGGCGCUGUAAGGCCAUGUCGGCCUCGUUCUCCGUCUACUCCGCUGCCGGGAGCAGCGCGUUUAACGGAAGUGACAGUGGGAGCAGCAGUGGAGGAGGAGAGGGAGGAGGAGGAAGAGGAGGAGAGGGAGGAGGAGGAAGAGGAGGAGAGGGAGGAGGAAGAGGAGGAGGGGGGAGAAAAGGAGGAUGGGGAAUGUAUGAGAACUUCCAUCAGGACUUUGAGAAUCAACACUGGACUCAUCGAGAGCGUGACUGCGCGGAGGAGGUGGGCUCAGCUGAGAGUGACGAGCGUAGCAGCGGCACACUAAGCACGGCUUACCCAUCAGACGCUCUCAUUGGCUGCUGUGCGCAGGGCACGGUGAGGAAGGCGGGAGCUCUGGCAGUGAAGAACUUCCUGGUUCACAAGAAGAACAAGAAGGUGGAGCCAGCCACCAAGAGGAAGUGGAAACAUUACUGGGUGUGUCUCAAAGGAUGCACUCUGUUCCUGUACGAGACUGAUGGGCGGUCGGGGAUCGACCAUCAUAGUGUUCCUAAACACGCGGUGUGGGCUGAGUACAGUAUCCUUCAGGCCGUACCUGAACACCCCAAGAAGGACUUUGUCUUCUGCCUCAGCAACUCUCUAGGGGAUGCAUUUCUCUUCCAGACGUCGGGCCAGACGGAACUGGAGAAUUGGAUCACGGCGAUCCACUCAGCGUGCGCGGCUGCCGUUGCUAGGCAACAUCACCGGGAGGAUACGGUGCGAUUGCUAAGGACAGAGAUCAGGAAACUGGAGCAGAAGAUAGACAUGGACGAGAAGAUGAAGAAGAUGGGAGAUAUGCAGCUGUCUGCAGUGACAGAUAACAAGAAGAGAAAGACUAUUCUGGAACAGAUCUUCCUGUGGGAGCAGAAUCUAGAGCAGUUCCACUUGGACAUGUUCAGGUGUCGAUGUUACCUGGCCAGUCUGCAGGGAGGGGAGCUGCCCAACCCUAAACGCCUGCUAGCCGUGGCCUCCAGAGCCACCAAACAGGCCAUGGGACGCCUGGGAAUCUUCUCGGUGUCUUCCUUUCAUGCGCUGGUGGCGGUGCGAACAGAGAGCACGGUGAGGAAGCGGUCCCAGGCUAUGCCCCGCCCCUCUAGUAAACGUCGGAGUCGCUUCUCUUCCCUCUGGGGGCUGGACACCACAUCUAAGAAGAAGGUUAAAGGUCGACCCAGCAUCAACCAGGUGUUUGUUGCUGGGGGGGAACCAGUGAUCAAACCAACGGUCAGUGAGAUAUCGAAGGAGGAGGGUUCAUUGAAAAUGAUUCCCCAGGACAGCGUGGACAGUGAGAUUUGGGUUCCUGACUACCUAGCCCCAUCCUGGGUGUGUCUACCUAACGACCAGCCUGUGCUUGUCGUCAUUCAACCAGGGGAGACUGCAGAAGAUACGCUGGACGCUGUCUGCAAGGCCCAUAAACUGGACCCGUCUAACUUCUACCUGCGUCUGAAGGUGUGUGAAGAGGAUCAGCUGCUGCUAUAUGUUCCCAAAAUGGAAGAAGACAUCUCUGAUCUGCUCUACAAAGAGAUUGAAAUAUGUCCCAAAACCACCAAGCUGAUCCGCUUCGACAAAGCUGAGUCCUGCACGUUGGGAUACGGUUUCUCCAUAGCAGUAGUAGACGAGGAGGGGACUCAGCAGCUCCAUAUCACUGAAGUAAAUGCAGGAGGACUGGCUUCUGCUAAAGGCCUGCAUGCGGGUGAUGAGAUCCUGUUGUUAAAUGGUAAACCGGCGUCGGCUCUGGGCGUGGUGGAUAUGAGGUCAGCGUUAGUCGGCCCCUCGUUGUCCCUGAGCGUGAGCACCCUGCCGACCCUUGACCCCCGCGACCUCUGCCCUUUUCCCCCUCGACGCUCCAACACAGCAGAAUACGACACUUGUACAGACAUCUAUUCCCAGAGCCAAGAGGACAUUCUGGAUGAGGUAUCAGGGUUGACGGUGGUCAGUCCAGAUGAUACUUUAGAGGAUGAGUCAGCUCUGGAUCUGGAGAAUUCAGGACACAACCAGGCGGACUACACUGAGCCAGGACAGAAGAGUACUGAGCAGGUGACUGCAUACUGCCGGAGUCUCCAUGAGAUGAAUCCUUCCCAUGCUUCCCCUCAGUCUUCCUCGUCCUGCUCUUCCUCCCUCUCUCCCAGCCAAGCGGUGCCAGUGACGGCGGGCAUUGCCAUCCAGAGACAGCUGUCACACGCCGACAAACUACGUAAAGUCAUCAGUGAACUGGUGGAGACUGAGAGGACCUACGUCAAGGACCUGGGCUGUCUGAUAGAGCGUUACCUAACUCCUCUGCAGAAGGAAAGAUUCCUCACCCAGGAUGAGCUCGAUGUCCUGUUCGGUAACCUAGGAGAGAUGCUGCAGUUCCAGGUUGAGUUCCUGAAGACUCUAGAAGAUGGGACCAGACUGGUAGCCAACCUGGACAAGCUGGAGAGAGUAGAACAGUUUAAGAAAGUGCUGUUCUCUCUGGGUGGAUCGUUCCUGUACUACGCCGACCGCUUUAAGAUCUACAGCGCUUUCUGUGCCAGCCACACCAAGGUGCCCAAGGUCCUGGCCAAAGCUAAGACAGAUGCAGACUUCAAGGCAUUCCUGGCAGAGAGGAACCCGAAACAGCAACACUCUUCAACUCUGGAGUCCUACCUGAUCAAACCCAUCCAGAGGAUCCUGAAGUACCCACUACUACUGAGAGAGCUGUACUCACUGACGGACCCUGAUAGUGAAGAACACUAUCACCUGAAUGUUGCGAUGAAGGCCAUGAACAAGGUGGCCAGUCACAUCAAUGAGAUGCAGAAACUUCAUGAGGAAUACGGAGCCGUGUUUGACCAGCUCAUCAACGAGACGACCACCGACCGGAAGGAGGUAUCCGAUCUAUCCAUGGGAGAUCUUCUCCUCCACUCCACCCUGGUGUGGAUCAAUCCUCCAGCCUCCCUUGUCAAGGGCAAAAAGGACCCUGAGCUGGCUACCUUCGUGUUUAAGACCGCGGUGGUCUUUGUGUACAGAGAUCGCUCCAAGCAGAGGAAGAAGCUUGGCGCGUCUCAUCGUCCUGCUGUGUCAGAUGACAGAGUCCCGUUCCUUUUCCGUCACAUGAUCUCAACAGACUCCCUACAAGUCCGCGCCCUCACAAACUCUGAGGGUACAGCGGUGUGUGAGAUAGUUCAUGUGAGGUCAGAGUCUGAGGGCAGACCAGAGAGAACCUUUCACCUGUGCUGCAGUUCUGUGGACAGUAAGAAGGACUUCCUGAAGACAGUCCACUCCAUCCUGAGAGAUAAACAACGACGUCAACUGAUGAAGACUGAGUCUCUACCCCUCAACCAGCAGUAUGUCCCCUUCGGAGGAAAACGCCUCUGUAACCUCAAGGGAAACAGACCGGCCAUGAACAGAGCAGUCUCAGCCCCGUCUCGGACCCUUGGUCGCAGGAAGCUGGUUAGAAACCGAUUCACCAUUGACACCGACCUCGUUCUCCAUGACAACCACGAAGACUCUAACCCCACCCACUCUACCCAUGACCAUUCGCACCAGCCUCCACAUUCCCACCAGCAUCCACAUUCCCACCAGCCUCCACAUUCCCACCAGCCUCCACAUUCCCAUAACCCCCUGCUUCCUACCCAGAUGCCUCAGCAGCAAACGCUGUUGGCGACUGGAGGCGACACGGACCGCUGGGUGGAAGAACAGUUCGACCUGGGUUGCUACGACGACCAGGGAGGAGUGACGGGGGAGAGGAUGGAGGGAGGGAUAGAGGGAAGGAUGGAGGUGAAAGAGACGGACAUUCUGAGCGACGACGACGAGUACUGCAAGUCAGUCAGGGCUUCAUCAACCGAACCCAGCCUCCUGGAAGAGAGGAUGGAGGGAGUGACUCUAGAAGAAAGGAGCCAAGACCAGGACAGAGGGGUAGAUGAGGAGGAGGAGGAGGGAAAGAAAGAAGUAGAGGAAGAGAGGAGGAGCUCCCAGGGCAUUCUCCAAGAGGACAAGUGGGGUGAAAGGGGAGAGUCACAGGUAGACUCUGUCUCCCCCGCCCCUCCCCCCUCACGGUCCCCCGCCCCCCCGGUGAAGCUUAUCCCGCUCAGGAAGCAAUGGGCUGUAGAGGGCGUGGCCGGGAAGCAGUGUUCCGUGGAGGGAGUGGCCAAGAGGGACCACUGUGAUGUCAUCUGGGUGCGACGCGAAGACUACGCCAACGGAGGGAACAAUGACGUCUUCUGAGACUGAGGGAGGGAGGGAGGGAUGAACAACAGAAAGAGAGGAAGAGAAGAGAGGGAUCAACGCCUUCUAGGAAGAAGAGGAUAUGACAGACAGGGAUAUGACAGACGGGAUUGGACAGACAGGAUAUGACAGACGGGAUAUGACAGACGGGAUAAAACAGAUGGGAUAAGACAGGUAGGAUAUGACAGACGGGAUAUGACAGACAGGAUAUGACAGACGGGAUAUGACAGACGGGAUAUGAUAGACGGGAUAUGACAGACGGGAUAUGACAGACGGGACACAAAUGUGACUGCUGUGUUCGUUCACACAAGCUUUAAAAAGGAGGUUUUCGAGGAGGGACGAAGGACCCCUGUCGAUGUAAAAACUAUCUCCCCUCACCGCUCCACGGGUGUAUUCCCUAGGAACCAAACAGGAGCAAACAGGGAGGGACUAACCUGAACUUAAGGAACACUCGUUUUCAUUUACGAAACGUUUUCCAUUACAAAACGAUUUGCACUAAUGAAUACAAUCCAUCGCCCACCUUCUCCUGACAAUCCUACUGUCUUCUACUUAGUGACAGACUCACAGUCUCACAAUGCCUCAACUGAACUGCUAUCAGAUGGGAGAGAGAGGCCGCACACGCAAACACACUGGACUAUAACAUCUUCACUGAACUACAAUCUUGUUGCCAAAAAAAAAAAAAAAACGUUUAUUUUUCAAACGCAGGACUGAUGAGUCAUAUUUUUUGCUUCUCUGACUUAGAAACUGUGUUUGUUUGUAUGUAACACUCAAGGGCUGUGUGUAACUUCGAAACCUUGUCUGCAUCUCAGAUGCUACCGUAUCGUGUACCCUUUUUAGUGCACUGUUUUUCACCCUGGACCCAUAGGGUUCGUAUCCUAAACCUUGUCUUCAGGGGCUACAGACUGCUGUGUAAUGUACUACAUAGAGAUAGCUAGAAGACACAACUUGGAUAUAAAUACAAAGAUGAGAUCUCUUUCCAUCUCUAUGGUGUACAACCCUGCUAGCUUUACCGCGCUUCUACUGUUCUGCUCAAUUAUCGGCUGCUGAUAGCACUCAGAGCAACUAUCCAGGCACAAUUAUAGCUUAUUGUCUUUUCUAAAAUAAAAAUAAUGUUUUAUUCACGUCUACCAA